AUGUGAAAGAGGAGGGAGAAAAACAAAGUGAAAAACAAGGAAGAAAAAAGGGAAGAAAACCGAAGGAAAAGAUACAGAGAAAAAGAAAGAAAAAGCCACGCUAGCAACCAACACACAUUGUCACCUCUCCUCUUCCCCAGCCAAAAGCCACACUAGCAACCAACAUCCACCGUUGUUUUUCUUCCUUCUCCAGUAGCUGCAGUGGAUCACCAGCAGCUCCACCGUGGACCACCAUCCUCACGACAGACCAGCAACAGCAGCAAGCACCUCCCCCAGGCCAGGCAGCUUCUUCUCUUCUUGCUUUUCCACGCAAAUCAUGCAUGAAUACUGUAAAAAAUAAUAAAACCUGCAGCAUACAUGAGUAAUUAAUUACCUGUUGCUGGCAAUCUUCUUUGCCAAAGGAAAUAGCCAUUUGGUUAAUUAUUAAUUUCUAAUAAUUAUUAACAAUUGGUUACAUAUAUUUGGUGCUCCAUUUCUCCCUUUUGCAAUUGGGCUCAAUCUGAGAUCAUUUAAUUCCACUAAUUAGUCUCCAAGUGGAUUUUCAUAAGCUCUGCCGAUGCAAAAAGCCUGCUUGAAGUUGAGUUUUUGUUUGUUCAUAUUUUUUAAGAGUUUAUGAUGUGUAGAGUUUUCACAAAUUUGGUGGUCACUUUCAAGUUAGACUAAGGUGUAAAGUUCUGGUAAACCGUGUUUAGUAGCAUGGUUUUAGCUCUAGAAUUCUCGUGAUGGAGUUUGAAUGGCAAGCAAGGUGUAACAAGCUUAAUUUGUAGUACUCAUGAAUAUGAAAUUCUUUGGCGCCUAGAAGAAUAGUAUCAAGAUGGUCUUGGAUGUCAUGUUUUUAGACUCUCUACUACUCCAUGAUCUCUACCCUCACUGCUUUAGAAUUAAAACUCCAGAUUUGACUGUGGCAUUCUCACAAGGUCCUAUUACUAGAUAAAUGCUGCCCUUUACCAAUAUCUCAUGGUUGUUCCUUUUUUCUAAUUUGGUACAUACAUGUGCUCUUCCUUUUUCCCAUUUCAUGAUUUUUUUUUGUAACUUUGAGAAUAAUCUUUGAGUGGUCCAAUAGUUCAUUUUUCUGCUUUUUGACUGACAGCCCAGUAAAGCUAUGAGAUUAAGGAUGUUAUUAUUGCCACAAGAAGGAUGCUUGAUCCGUCACAAUCAAGAGGAGCAGAGAUGUGUGCAUCUUCGAGGUUCUUGCUGCUAGUACACUUUGUGUUUGACCAGAAGUGCCCAUGCAUGUAGCAAGACAAGCAAUGAUCAAGUAAACUUCGGGAGAGAUCUCAUGUAGUGAACUAAACUCAAAUAGAAAACAUAUGAUUGAAUAGUGGAUGACAAUUAAAAAUAGAGCUGUGACAUUAACUUCCUUUCAUUGGCGUUCAUUUGAUUGAUGGGAGGUCAUUUGUUUGAUCAUUGCACCCUGUGGUUGGAAAGAGGAGUCAUCACUUUUAGAGAUGAUCAAGAACUUGAGAGAGGGAAUGAAAUUUCCCGUGAACUUCUUCAAGCAAUACAAGAUUCAAGGUUUUCAGUGAUAGUUUUCUCAAGAAACUAUACUUCUUCCACAUGGUGCUUGAACGAACUAGUAAAAAUUGUGGAAUGCAUGAAACAAGGUAGACAAACAGUUAUUCCAGUUUUCUAUGAUGUUGAUCCUUCUGAAGUAAGGAAUCAGACAGGGAGACUUCAACAGGCCUUUGCUGAUCAUGAAGAGGUUUUCAAAGACAACAUUGAGAAGGUGCAGACCUGGAGGAUUGCGAUGAAACUAGUGGCCAAUCUUUCUGGAUGGGAUUUGCAGGAUAGGCACGAGUCAGAGUUUAUUCAAGGCAUUGUUGAAGAGAUAGUAUGCAAGUUGAGAAAAUCAAGUUACAGCAUGUCAUGGGUAACCGAGAACUUAGUUGGAAUGGAUUGGCGUUUGGAGGAAAUGAGUUUAUAUUUAGGAGUAGAGCAGCUGAAUGAUGUUCGCGUUAUAGGGAUCUGUGGGAUGGGUGGAAUAGGUAAGACGACCAUUGCUAGAGCUGUCUAUGAGAAGAUGCUGGGUCAUUUUGAAGGCAGCAGCUUUCUUGCAAAUGUUAGAGAAGUUGAGGAGAAACAUGGUUUAGUUCGCUUACAGGAACAACUUCUUUCAGACACGUUGAUGGAUAGAAGGACCAAAAUCUCUGAUGUUCAUAGAGGAAUGAAUGAAAUAAGGGUUAGGCUGCGUUCUAGAAUGGUUCUUGUUGUUCUUGAUGAUGUUGAUCAAUUGGUCCAAUUAGAAUCUUUAGUUGGAGAUCGUAAUUGGUUUGACAAUGGAAGUAGAGUCAUAAUAACCACAAGAGAUGAACUUCUUCUGAAACAAUUUGGAGUUGAUAAAAUAUAUAGAGUUGCAAGUUUAAAUAACAUUGAAGCCGUUCAACUCUUUUGUCUGAAAGCCUUCAGAAGUUAUUGUCCCCCGGAAGAUUAUGUGCUUCAGACCAUCCAAGUUGUAAAGUAUGCAGAUGGCCUUCCAUUAGCUCUCCAUGUUUUGGGUUCAUUUUUUUCUGGGAUCAGAUCUGUAGAAUUGUGGAACCAUUCAUUAAAAAGACUGAAAGAUAUCCCAGAUAAAGGAAUUCUAGAUAAACUUAAAAUAAGUUUUGAUGGACUUAACGAAGUAGAGAAGAAAAUAUUUCUAGAUAUUGCUUGUUUUUUCAACGGGUGGGAAGAAGAUUGUGUGACAAAAUUAAUGGAAAGUUCUGGUUUCUAUCCACAGAUUGGAAUAAGGAUUCUCGUAGAAAAAUUUCUCAUAAAUAUUUCAGAUAACAGAGUAUGGAUGCAUGACUUGCUUCAAGAAAUGGGUCGACAAAUUGUCAAGAGAGAGUCUCAUGAAGAACCUGGAAAACGCACUAGGUUGUGGCUCUGUGAGGAUGUCAUUCACGUUUUGCUAAAUAAUACGGGAACCGACAAAGUUGAAGGCAUCGUCCUGAAUUCAAAUGACGAAGUAGAUGGACUAUACUUAAGUGCUGAAUCAAUAAUGAAGAUGAAAAGGUUAAGAAUUCUCAAACUCCAAAAUAUAAACCUUUCCCAGGAAAUUAAAUAUCUCUCCAAUGAGUUGAGAUAUCUUGAAUGGUGCCGAUAUCCUUUCAAAUCAUUGCCAUCAACUUUUCAACCGGAUAAACUUGUUGAGCUCCACAUGCGUCAUAGCAGCAUUAAACAAUUAUGGGAGGGAGUGAGACCUUUAAAGUUGCUUAGAGCUAUUGAUCUCAGACACUCCCGAAACUUAAUAAAGACUCCAGACUUCAGACAAGUUCCAAAUCUUGAGAAGCUGAAUCUUGAGGGUUGCAGAAAACUGGUCAAGAUUGACGACUCUAUCGGAAUUCUGAAAGGGCUUGUUUUCUUGAAUUUGAAGGACUGCGUAAAGCUUGCCUGUCUUCCAACAAACAUAUGUGAGUUGAAGACCCUCAGAAUUCUUAACUUGUAUGGAUGCUUCAAACUUGAAAAAUUGCCUGAGAUGUUGGGAAAUGUAAUAAAUCUGGAGGAGCUUGAUGUAGGCAGAACUGCUAUAACACAACUGCCAUCAACCUUUGGUCUCUGGAAAAAACUUAAGGUGCUAUCUUUUGAUGGAUGCAAGGGACCAGCACCUAAAUCAUGGUAUUCUCUCUUCUCCUUCCGGUCACUUCCAAGAAAUCCUUGUCCAAUUACUUUGAUGCUGUCCUCUCUGUCAACGCUAUACUCUUUGACAAAGCUAAAUCUAAGCAACUGCAAUCUCAUGGAAGGAGAACUUCCUGAUGAUAUGAGCUGCUUCCCAUCAUUGGAAGAAUUAGACCUUAUUGGAAAUAACUUUGUGAGAAUACCUUCAAGCAUCAGCCGGCUCUCUAAACUUAAAAGCCUCAGGUUAGGCAAUUGCAAGAAGCUUCAGUCACUUCCGGAUCUUCCAUCAAGGCUUGAAUAUCUCGGGGUGGACGGUUGCGCUUCGUUGGGAACUCUUCCAAAUCUAUUUGAAGAAUGUGCCCGCUCAAAGUUUUUGUCCUUGAUUUUUAUGAACUGCUCCGAGUUGACUGAUUAUCAAGGGAAUAUCAGCAUGGGUUUGACAUGGCUUAAAUAUUACCUCCAUUUCUUGUUGGAAAGCGGCCAUCAGGGUCAUCCAGCCUCUUGGUUUUUUACCUGUUUUCCAGGAAGUGAAAUUCCUAGUUGGUUUCACCAUAAGAGCGUGGGUCAUUCUUUAACAAUACGGCUACUUCCUUAUGAGCAUUGGUCCAGCAGUAAGUGGAUGGGAUUAGCUGUUUGUGCAUUCUUUGAAGAGCUUGAUUGUGGUGAUUCAUGUCUUAUUACAUUGAACUUCGAUAUCAAAGGCUUCAAAUCUAGGAGCUACUUUCUAGAGUACCCUGAAGGUUCAACAUUUACGUCAAAUCAGGUUUUCUUUAUCUUCUUUCCCAGAGGCAAGUUUCCGGAACCACUUGCUGUGUCUAAUACUACUUCUCAGCCCAUUGAGGUGGAGUUCCGGUCAUCUAUUCAAGAAAGAAACACCAACAAUGAGUUUCAGGUUCUUUCUGCCCGAGUCAUGAAUUGGGGGUUCCGCAUGGUGUACGAGGAAGACACACUGCAGUUCAACGAACCGAAUACAGGUGUCGACUCUAUCAAUGGAUUGCAUUCUGAAGAGUUGAGGAUAUUGGAUGAGAACAACUCCAUCAUCCCAUGCAAAAAUAUUGAGGGCAAAUGCCUCCCAGAAUAAACAGUGAAAGUAAUGCCAUGCCACCUGAUGUUCCCUGCCCUUCAGAUCCAAUUCUUUCAGGGUUUUGAUAGAACUUGAUCCCUGACAAAAAUAUUGGAUAUAUUUUUUCUUCUUCUAUAGAUUUCUAGUAUUUAUCUUAAUUCUUGUGUUGAUACCUAGGAUCACUUUAGUAUUUUUCUUAACAAUUUAAUAACUACAUGUACUUAUUUAUAUUUCUUUUCAACUAAAACACUAUCUAUGUUGUGUUUUAUAAGAAGUUUCACACUAAAUUGUUUUUUCAA